GCGGAUGGUAUUUGCAACAACAUUGUAGAUUCAUUCUGGCACGUUUACUAUACUUAUUUUCGUGUACAGCAAUAUCACAUGUGAACUAUUUUCACUCGAUAAACUAACAAAAUUCAAAUAUGUCCACUUCUCUGUCGGACUGCUUCACCAUCGGCAGUAUCGUCGCUACGAAGACAUGUUACAACGAAGAAAUUGAAGGAGAAGUCUUAGCAUUCGAUCCACAAACCAAGAUGUUGAUACUGAAAUGUCCCUCUUCGAGCGGUAAUCCGAAGCGGCACGAUGUAAACAUCGUCAAUCUUUCAUUGGUGAGCGACGUGCAAAUAAAAAAAGAAGUGACUUCAGUCCCUGAUCCACCACAGUCUUUGAACUUGAACAGAUUGAAUACUAGAGUCAGAAAUUCAAUAGAAAACAAAAGGAGAUUAGUAUCAGCGUUAGCAGCAUGCUUAGAUCCCGAGGGACAACGUUUGUUCCUUGCUAUCGCUCGGCUCAUAGAUGAUGUAACAUGGGUCGGACAAAACAUCAGAGUUUACAAUGAAGUCACUAUAACACCACCGUAUAAGGUGGAAAAUGUAUUAGGAGAUCAAGAUUCUAAACCGUAUAAUUAUAUAAAGAAAUUCGUAGAGCGACAUUGGCGCGACCACAGAGAUCAUGCAUCAGCGAACUCUAGCCAACACCAGUAAAAUGGACUCUGUUGUUUUAUACGUAGAGUGGAAAUUAAGGUUGAAUCUUAUCUGCAUGUACGUCUAAUAAUUCUUCCUAUAUUUACAGUAAUAUUUGAUUCUUGAGCGUUUUGGUAUUUUUAAAACUUCAACAUGAUCGUAUUAAACCGCUGCCAGAUUUAUUUUUUCUCUAAAAAAUGGUAUUGAGUAUUAUAUUUGAACAAUUUUACAUUCACAAUGUUAUACUGGAAAUAUAUUCUUAAUGAAACAUGUUUACAACAAGAGCGCUCGACCCAAACUGCGACAGUUCGUGGGUUUGAGUCCCAUCUAGUACCUGGACCUGGAUACCUUUGCGCAUUUUUCAUUAAGAAGUGUUGAUAUAAUUUUUUUAUUUAGCAACAUAUUUUUGUGCAACUGUUUUAAUUGUCCCGCAAAAACGAUCAGUCACGUGAUUUUUCGAGCUGUGACGUCACAUUUCAAUAAACACGAGCACUGGUUGGGCUCGCAACGAAGACAUUGGUUUUUAGUUUAUUGUGACGUCAUCCGAUACUCCGUCAUGGCGCAGAUAUAAACCACAGUUUAAUUUUAACAAUAUAUACUU